AUGCAUACCCUGUUUACGGAUCAGCGCCAUUACGGGCACGGUACGACGGCCGGAUACCCGACGAACGGGCCAACGAUGGCGUCCGCACACCACUACACGUACGAUCAGUACUCCCGGUACGCGUACGCUGGGUCCGCUUACGCGCUGGCCGCCCCACACCAGAACAAGGAGAUGGUGAAACCCCCCUACUCCUACAUCGCCCUGAUCGCGAUGGCCAUCCAGAACUCGGCCGAUAAGAAGAUCACCCUGAACGGUAUCUACCAGUACAUCAUGGACCGGUUCCCGUACUACCGGGACAACAAGCAGGGCUGGCAGAACUCGAUCCGUCACAAUCUGAGCCUGAACGAGUGUUUCGUGAAGGUGGCGCGGGAUGACAAGAAACCGGGCAAGGGUAGCUACUGGACGCUCGAUCCCGAUUCGUACAACAUGUUCGACAACGGGUCGUUUCUGCGGCGCCGGAGACGCUUCAAGAAGAAGGACGCCCUGAAGGAAAAGGAGGAACUGAUGAAACGCCAAACGAUGCUGCUGGACGAGAAGAUGGGUGCGGACAUCAAGCCGAUCAAAAUUAUGGCGGGCGUCGGUGGAGCCGUCGGUGCGGCUGGUCUCGCGAGUCAUCAUCAUCCGCAUCACCAUCACCAUCACCAUCAUCAUCUGCCGACGACGCUGGAUGGGAAAGUGGGCGCACAUCAUCACCAUCAUCAUCCGCAUCAUCCGCAUCAUCAGACGCUCGGGCAUCACCAUCACCAUCAUCAUCAGACGUUUAAGCGGGAACCGGGCCUGGAGUUGGCGGCCGCCGCCCAGUGUAUGGUGAAGGAUGGGUUAACGUCGUCGCUGCUCAACACCUGCCACGAUACGUUCGCCUCGCAGAUGAACCAUCUUUCGUCGGCCGCCAGCGAUCACGGGUUUACGGUCGAUUCGUUGAUGAACGUUUAUAACCCGCGGCUUCAUCACUCGACCUAUCCGUAUCACUUUAACACCGAUACGGACAACCUGAUGCCGUCAUCGGCGGUCGCGGCGGCCGUUAGUGCGGGAACGGCUGCGGGCCAGUUGAUGACGGCCGGGCGGCAUCAUCAUAGCACUUCCGGUGGCGGUGGCGGUGGCGUCAGUGGUGGCGCGUCAGCGCAUCCGCAGCACCAACAUCCGCCACCACACGGUGGCUGGUAUACGCCCGAGACACCGCCGGAAUCGAUCGGUAAUACGUCCGGCAGUUCGACCACCACACCGACCACACUGCCCUCGGUUACGGUGACACCGACGGGUGGUGGUGGUGGUGGUGGUGUACUCGUUGGAACCGGAGGACUCUCCCUGCACGCUGGCACCCCGGGUUCGGGGCAGGGUGGUGUGUUGGGUGGUGUUGGGAAUGGAGGAGGAAGCCUCGUCGGCGGUGGCUUCCGGGAUAUGGUGUUCGAUCACAAUCAGGGUUCGGUUUCGGUCAACUGUCAGAUGUCGGAUCCGGCUGGUAGCCCCGGUGGCCACAGUCUCACCUCCGCCAGCCCACCGGUCAAUUCGGCGGCGGCAGCGGCCGCUGCAGCUGCGGCCGCCGCCAGUGGACACCUCGGUGGCCAGCUCUCGAGUCACCUCGGCCAUUAUCGAUCUCACGUCGGUUACUACCAGGAUUGUGGCCUCAAGUAUGGCGUGUAAGCCCGGGGAUUCGGAGACCUGGCAGGCAGGCAGGCAGUAGCAGUAGCAGUG